CGUUACUGCGCAUGCGGAAAUCUUUAACAUAAACAGGAAGUCGCCCUAAAUAUAUCAUGAGAAUAGAUUGAAAGAGACUGUCAAAUAUUGUCAGCUAGUAGCAACGUUAAAAGACGAAUGAAAUAAUGGGCUUGGAACCUCUAGAGUUUGCUGAAUGUUUGACAGAUAGUCCGUCGUUCAGGGAAAAAUUGCAUGACCAUGAAAAAGAGCUUGAGAGGACAAAUAAGGCCAUCAAGUCUCUUGUAAAUGAUGGCAAGGAACUAGUCAAUGCAGCAAAACUAAUGGGCAGAACAUGGCAGAGUUUUGCCGAGAAAAUGAUGCAUUUUAAAUUUGAAUGCAUUGGAGAGAAACUGACAGAUGAUGAAGAAAAAAUAGCUGGUUCCCUGAAGGAAUUUGGAAAGCUUAUACUUAGAGUGGAAGAGGAAAGAGAUAGAAUGCUGUCGAAGGUUACAGACUUUUUUCAGCAACUAGACAAGUUCAGAAAGGAGCAGAUUGGCUCAGUGAAGGAAGAAAAGAAAGCAUUUGAUCGACACACAGCAAAAAUCUGUCAGUCACUGGAGAGGUAUCUUAACUUGAAGUCCAAAAUGAGUGACAACACCCUCCAAGAGGCUGAUGCAACGCUUGAAAUGGAAUUUAGAAACUUUAGGGAGAGUUCUAUGAAAUAUGUUCUAAAAUUACAAGAAGUUCAAGAAAGAAAAAAGUUUGAUUUUGUAGAGACAAUUUUAGCCUUUAUGUAUAGCUUGUUCACAUUUUAUCAUCAAGGCUUUGAUGCCAGUAAUGAGCUCAAAGAGUCUUCUAUGCACCUCCAGAAAAUCCUACAGAAGACAAGGGAGAGCUUUGAAAGUCAAAAGGAAUACACAGAGUCGUUGAUGUUUAAGAUGUUGGACAACAGAGUAGCUGCAAUGGAAAUGUCUACGCUGUGGAAACCUAAUGGCCUGAACCAACCCAACAAAGGCUGCACGAAAGAGGGAUACCUAUAUCUAAUGGAAAAAAAGGUCAUGGGUGCAACAUGGACCAAACAUUACUGCUGGUACAAAAAGGAUGGGAAAAAAUUUCACAUGAUGCCAUAUAACCAAGUGACUGGAAAACUGAGCCAGCCCGUAACAGAGAACUUUACUCUAAAAUCUUGUGUACGACGGGCUUCCCAAACCAUUGACAAAAGGUUCUGUUUCGACAUCACAGUGGAUGGAAGGGCAGACAUACUGACUUUCCAGGCAUUGUCAGAUGAUGACAGAAAGCAGUGGAUGGAUGCUAUGGAUGGCAGAGAACCAGUUUAUACAACACCAAACACUUCCUCGGAGGACUCCUCACUGGAUGACAUAGGAUUUGCCUUCAUAAAAAGAUGUAUAACAUCAGUGGAGGCUAGAGGUCUACAAGAACAGGGUCUCUACAGACUGGUUGGAGUGAACUCAAAAGUAAACAAACUAAUGUCACAAGGCUUAGAUCCAAAGAAAAGAGACAAAAUUGAUAUUGGUGACCCAAACCAGUUUGAAAUAAAGACUUUAACAAGUGCUGUCAAAAAUUAUCUAAGAUCACUGCCAGAACCAUUGAUGACUUUCAAACUACACAAACCUUUGAUUGCAGCAGCUAAAUCUCGUGGUUUAGAAGAACAAGAAUCAAAGACACUACGAAUCCAUGAUAUCCACACCCUUGUUCACAAACUCCCAGAGGCCAACUUUGAAAUGUUGGACCUAUUGGUUGACCAUUUAAGAAAGGUGGCUGAUUUGAGCGACAAGAAUUUGAUGACUGUGGCAAAUCUUGGUGUUUGUUUUGGACCAACUCUGAUGAGAGCAGAAGAGGAAUCAGUGGCAGCCAUUAUGGACAUCAAGUUCCUGAACAUUAUUGUGGAAAUCCUCAUCAACAAUUAUGAAAAAAUUUUUAAAACACCACCGGAAGAUGCAGACCCAAGUGAGAUUCGCUGUCCCCCUCCCAGUGCCUCUCAAUCAGUGACUGACAAAUUUACUCCUGGGGUGAAUCAUACCUCAUUAGAUGUUUCUAGUCAAAACCCACAGCCAAUUUACAUGAACAAAGCCCCACCUCUUCCAGUUUUUGUACCCCAGAAAACCAAACUCAGAUCUGUGGAGAUUUACAAUCCAGCCACAGAACGUUUUGAGACCCAUGGAAGCAGUAGUGACAGUUCAGAGUCCCUGAACUCUAGCUUGUCUAACAGUGCCUCAGCCAUGUCAUCGCCUCUCCCCCAGUUUGAUAGUCACAAGAAGAACCCCGCCCCCGCCAUCCCCCUGCAGUUCAGCGGUGUAUCAGGAUUAGCCAGCAAAUUUAUGAAUGAUAUUUCUGGCACAGAAGUUCCCACAUUAGACCAGGCCCUGCGCAGAUCUCUGUGGAUAUCGUCCAAAGCCAAAGUGUUUGAGAGGACAUCAUCCAUGACUGGUAGUUUGUCAGAAAGUCUCCCAGCUGUUGGAAAUUCCAAUAGUACCAACAAAACCAAAAAGAGGAUAGCUAGGACACUGUACCAGUGCCUGGCAGACAAUGAAUCAGAACUUUCAUUUGAGCCAAAUGUCAUCAUUCAUAAUGUGAGAGAAUCCAAGGAACCUGGAUGGUUGGAGGGAUCCCUGAAUGGGAAGCGGGGACUGAUUCCGGAGAACUACAUAGAGUUUGUUGACUGACCCUAGUGACUGGGAUGUCCAACCACCAGGGACUCUGGGGGGACAGACAUGUACAUAGACAUCUACAUCAUCUUAUCAUUUGAAAUGGUGAUGGAUUCCUCAAGUUAUGAUCCAGGGCACUGCCUGCUGUGCUGGACAUGGUGGGGGAUGACAAGAUGGGGAAUAACUCAGGAUCAUGUGAUCAGUCACAUGACAUGAAUGAGGGCCACUGUUUUUAGUGUUGACUCAUGUUAUUACUAAAGAUAUCAGCAUGUACCAGUAAAUGCAAUAUAGUCAAAACAUUGUAAAGUAUUUCCUUUUUAUGUUCAAUUUCAAACCAUGUUUUUGUGUGAACAAAAUGAUAUAUGGUUCACUUAAGAUCAUUUGAUUUUCUUUGUUGGAUCGUGUAUUUUGUGGUUUUCAUCUGCACUAUGUGUACUGUAGAUAAGGAUUUCUGUUCUUGAUUUCUUGUUAAACAUUUUUGCAGAUAAUUUAUAGCAGGUAGGAUGCUAGAUAAUAUUCUAAAGUCUUGGAAUGUAGCAGCAGCAAAAUUUGUUGUCAUUAUACUAUCUUAAGAUUGCACAGAAUUCCGACACCUCAUUCUGUCUCAUUCGUCUGACAUUCCUCGUAUGAUUUUUGUUACACUGUAAGCUGUUCAGUUCUAAAUACUAUCCAUGUCUCAUGUGUAUGAUAUUUUCUUAUGAACAGCUAGCAUUACCCUUGUAUUACUUGUAGUCCGUGCUAAACCUUGCUACUUGGUAGGUGUAUUUUUUCCGGUGUAUUUUCCGAGACCAUUUCCUCAUUGCUGCUCAGUAAUGUCACUAACAUGUUUCUUUGAGUCUAUAUGCUUGGCAUAAUGUUUUUAUACAGCUUUCUUACUGUAAAAUUUUGUUGCAUGAAGGAUUGUGAACUUAUAGCUAUUUUUAAUGGUGUAAAUGUUUUUAGUUUAGCAUAUUUCGUCUUUUAUUGAAGACAGUAUGAAAUCUAUGCAGUCAAUGUUGUAAAUAGUUAUGUUGCUUAAUACAUUGUACUGCAUCCUGCUAAAUCAGUCGGGCCAUGUAGACAAACGUUUCUGAUAAGGGAAGACUAUGUUGUAUUGCUUGUCUGUAAUUUUAAUCUGUGUCUUAAAUUUGACUGGAAAUACAGAUAUUCAAAGACUCAAAAUCUGCCAGCUCAAUAUUACAUUGCUUGGAAUCUGUCUCCAUCAAUAAAAAAUCUCAAAUUUAUCAUUCUUUUAGGGCAAGGAUUUCUAAUGACAGUUCUGGCUUAAAUUUUAGUAUGCUACAUCUAAUUGUUGAGAUUACAGUUGUUUUGCAGUUCUGUAUAUGAUAGGAUAUUUAUUAGAUUAAUAGCUGUUUAUAUCUAGCCAUAAUCACCCUAUAGCAUAAUUUGAUUAAUAUUUAUGAAAUAUGAAUUAAUAUAUGAAUUAUUCUAUCUUUUGAACAAACGUUGUGUAUAUACUGACUAGUUCUUAUACAUUUUACAGCAUUCAUUCCCAACUUUCCCUAAUAUCAUGUCUAUCUUUUUUAGUAUUUGUUAUUUUAUUGAAUGACAUGAUUUCCUCAGGUUGAGAUUUUUUUUCUGACAUAUUUAUUUAUUGUGGAAGAGAAAACCAAUUCCAGGUUUCGUACUUAUGUGCAAUGUUCAGCUUCACUGUACCCACUUAAAGCUUGCCAUCCUGUGUGUAACGUUUUGUGAAUUUUGUGCAAAUGACUUCAUGAAACUGUUUAGAUUAAGUCUUGUAGUGAAUGUGGUAUAAGAAACGACUUUGUGGUGUGCAUACAUAUAUAUGAAAUGAAGCACAGUGAUUUUAAUACUCUGUCAAUGUCAGUAGUUGGACAGAGAGAGUGUGGUGCAACUUAUAGGAAAUAUUCUAGGUGGGACAAAAUAUAUAUAUAUAUAUAUAUAUAGUCUUUUGAACCAGACUUUGUUAACAUUUGUGAGAAUGUUCAUGAAUGCAUUCAAUGAUAUAUAGGAUGUUCCCCGUUAUAUACAGACAUCAUAACAUGGGCCGAUUCACACUGAUUGUGUGUUGCAACAUAUCUCUAGAUGUGCUUGAACACUAUCAUCAACCAACAUCUGUUAAAGGACUUCUUUUUGUUACAUGACUGUACAUGACUUUUGUUCCGUGACGCUACUGUACACGUUUUUUGUUCCGCGACUCUGUACGUGUAUUACUGUGGGCGUUACAUUUUGUCAGUGCUGUGGUACUGCACCAUGCGGUGUGUAUCCACACAAGAGUAGGAAAAUAUUUUAUCAAGAAUAAAACCAUACAAACACAGUC